AUGGGUCCACCAAGCUAGUGAUGUGUCAAUUACUAGCGAAACCUUGACAUCAGAAUGUAUGUAUAUUUGGGUCCCGCGCACUGAGGUGUCAGUUCCUAGGUAGGUGAAGUGUAGGCAUAAGUUACAGGACACGGGCUGUGGGCAUUGUCUUUAUGUGAAUAGUGUUGUGUUGCUUGGCUUUGAUUUAUUGUGCCUCUCCAUAUAUGGUUUCUUCUGCUUCUGGGUUGGAGACGGAGUCAAAAGCGUUAGUCAAGCCAAAUCCUUAUCACCCUGCCCCACUAGGAAAGUGAAAUAACACACAUAUUGUCUCCCGAGAUUCUCAUCUUUUCCUCCAUGUAUUUCCCAUUUCAAAAACACACAAAAACAUAUUCUCUCUCUCUUCUUCUUGAAAUCAGUUGGUGGGACAGCCUCUGUUUCUUUUGUCAGGAUUCCCUUGCACAAUAACAAUGGAGAAUGGAAAUGGACUACAAACAAAGUAUUAAAUUGAGAAGCCCCACUCCUCAGUAAAAGAGUAAAAACCAGAAUCUCUCUCUUUAAGAACCUGCUCUUUCCCAUUAGAUUUUUUUCCCUUCUCAGAAGAAGAAGAAAGCAAAACCAUGGCUAGAGCUUUCCAAGACUCCUCCAAGAGACACUUCCACUGGACAAAAAAGGUGGGAACUGAAGACGAUGAAGUGCCGACCUUGAAGCCCACUUCUUCAAACACCUCAGAGGAAGUGAAUACGGAGAGCGUCAAGACCCAUGUUGCCAUGCCGACACCCAGGAGGAAGCUCCCAGCGGUGGCAGUUGCAAGACUCCGGUCCGUUCUCACUGCCUUGGGGAAGAACCGCUCGAGCUUAACCCACGCUCUGGGGCCAAGAGUGGUGGGAACCCUGUUCGGCAACCGGCGUGGGCAUGUCCACUUCGCAUUCCAAAGGGAUCCCAAUUCGCCUCCAGCGUUUCUCGUCGAGCUUGCGACGCCGAUCAGUGUACUGGUUCGGGAAAUGGCAUCUGGGUUGGUGAGGAUUGCGUUGGAGUGCGAUAAACAGAAAGAGGAAGAGAAGAAAUCGGUGAGGCUACUGGAAGAGCCUGUAUGGAGAACUUACUGCAACGGUAAAAAAUGCGGUUUUGCAACGAAGAGGGAAUGCGGCGCUAAGGAAUGGAAGGUUCUGAAAGCUGUGGAACCAAUUUCAAUGGGUGCAGGAGUCCUGCCGGGGAUCGGAACAGAGGCGGGCACCGCGGACGGGGAACUCAUGUACAUGAGAGCUAAGUUUGAGAGAAUUAUUGGCUCAAGAGAUUCUGAAGCUUUCUAUAUGAUGAAUCCGGAUAGCAAUGGAGCUCCUGAGCUCAGUAUCUACUUGCUUAGAGUCUAAAAAAGCUGCCAUGGACGCUCUGACCCAAAAUUUCUGGACUCCUCAGCCAUGGAAAUGGAGCUAUAGUCCUUUGUUUCCUCAAAAUUUCAUCUUUUUCAUUUUUCUUUUGCUUUUUGGGGUGAAAAUGGAAGUGGGUAUAUUGUAAUCUAGUUUUAGGUGGAGGGGGAUACAAUAGAACAUGAUGUGGGGU